UCUAGGUCUCGGCUCCCAGCUGAGAAUGAUGCUGUCUCCCUCCUCUCCUUUUCCAGCUUGCUUGUUUAUCUCACUAGCUUUUCAUCAGAGUAAUAUCCACUCUGCCUCUGUGCUGAGCACAGUGGGUCCUGCUCUUGGCUGGGGCUUCUAGACACCACUACAAGUAACAGGCAUGAUUCUCCCUUUACGCUUGUCUCCACCUUCUCCGUCCAUGCUCCAGUGCUUAUGAGAGCCUGCAAAGAGACGCUGUCUUCUGUGGCUUCAGGAUCCCAGCAAGAAAUGGGAGUCUGAUAGAUUGUAAAUGCACCUGCUUUGUUCAAAACCCAGCCAAACAGAUAAGUGCACUUUUAAUUCUCUCUGAACGGUGCUUUAGACAUAGCUCUGCACAGCAUCUCUCUUCAGUUCAGUUUCAGUUUGGUGAGGCUCUGCGUUUCACCCCUGCAAAUGAAUGCUGUCUGGGUCGCACUUCAGCUGAGAAAUACCAGACAAUAUUGGUAUUUCACGCUAAGGUGAACCUUGAGGACACUUGGGAGACUGUAGCUCCUGAAUGUGUGACCUUCCCCUGUGAUUAAAAGAAAGCCAUGGGGAAAGACAAGAAAGAAGAGGCCAUCUUCCUGAGGAAAAAGAUAACUUUGCUGCGGGCUUUCUCGCUGCUCAUUGGCAGCAUGGUUGGCAGUGGCAUCUUUAUUUCCCCCAAAGGAGUACUGAAAAACUCCGGCAGCGUGGGAUUCUCCCUGCUCGUCUGGUUUUCCUGUGGGCUUCUCUCCAUGUUUGGUGCCUUGUGUUAUGCAGAGCUUGGAACAAGAAUCACCAAGUCUGGAGGACAUUAUAUCUACAUUUUGGAGACACUAGGGCCUCUGCCAAGCUUCUUAUUCCUGUGGGCAGAGUUUUUUGCUAUCAGGCCUGCCAACAGUGCUGUGGUUUCCCUGGCAUUUGGACGCUACAUGCUGGAGCCAUUUUUCGCCCCCUGUGCUGCCCCUGUGCCUGCGGUGAAGCUCGUGUCUCUCCUGGGCUACUACACGGUCCUCACCCUCAAUUCCUGGAGUGUCACCUGGAGCGCGCGGCUGCAGACAGCUCUCUCCGUCGUCAAACUCCUGGCUCUUGCACUCAUCAUCGUGCCAGGGAUGAUGCUGCUGGCCCAGGGCCACACCGAGAACUUCCAGGAUGCUUUUGACAGACAGUCGCUGGUACUGGAUAAGCUCCCCCUGGCUUUCUAUGCUGGCAUGUUCGCAUACUCUGGCUGGUUUCAGACCAGCUUUGUGCGUGAAGAAUUGGUCAAACCUGAACGAAAUAUCCCCCUGGCUGUCAUCGUGUCUGUGAUCACAGUAAUUGUGGGAUACAUGCUUACCAACGUCUCCUAUUACACAGUCCUGGGAACAGAAGAUGUUCUGGCUUCUCCUGCUGUGGCUGUGAGCUUUGUGCAGCGAGCCUUCAAAAGCCUGAUCUCCGUGGUCCCUGUCCUUGUCGCACUGUCCUGCUUUGGAACCAUGAAUGGAGGAAUCUUCACGUUUUCAAGGACUCUGUUUGUGGCUUCCAGGGAAGGGCAGUGGCCUCCUCUCUUCUCCAUGAUCCACAUUCGAAGGCAUACCCCCCUUCCUGCUGUCAUGUUAAUGUUCCCUUUGGUCACUGCCAUGGUGUGCAUUGGAGACAUCUACCAUCUACUAAACUUCUUCAGCUUUUCCCGAUGGCUCUUCAUAGGAUUAGCCACCCUUGGGCUCAUCGUCCAUCGCCACCGUCACCCGGAGCUGCACAGCCCCUUCAAGGUUCCCCUGUUUGUUCCUGUCUCUUUUACCAUGAUCUGCCUCUUCACAGUGGCAAUGUCUUUCUACUCAGACCCUGUGAACAUCAGCAUUGGAUGCACCAUAGUUUUGAGUGGUUUUCCAGUCUACUACUUCAUCAUUCACAGGCAGAUGUCAGACCGCUGCCGCAACCUGUUUUAUUAUCUUACACACAAACUACAGUUACUGCUGGAAGUUGUCCAACAAGAAAUCAAGACUUACUGAGAAAACCAUCAAAACUCACAGAGGACAAUAAAAACCUACUUACACCAUUUUUGACACCUUUGAUCCUACCAAAAGCAGGCCAUGCUUUUAUUCUUUUUAGUCAGUGCAACUGAGGAUGACUGAGCCAAAACCUUGCUGCAAGUGUUCCUGAGCUUGCCAAUUGGGAUCUGUUCCUGCCCUUUUAUUUUUUUCAGAAGAGCAAACUAGUUCUCUGAAAUGAGCUUGCUUUGCCUGCAGAGUGUCUUUGAAACCAAGAUCCUAAUUUUUCAGCUGAGCCCAGUCCUGAGAAAAAUUGUGUGUGUGUGUACAGAGACAGUAUUUUGUUUUCCUGGCUUGGCAAAUAGAGGAAGUGGUCAUGCUGCAAAACCUAGAAUCCAAUACAUGGAAGCCAAAUGCAAGUUUCAAACAGAACCACUAUAGCAGCCUUGUUGUGGACGAGGGGAAGGGUUGGGAAGAGCUAAUUAGAGAUAAGGCAGAUGAACUGGAAAGGGGAAUACAGGGGGGGAUAAAAUUUUAUCCACCAGAAACUGCAGAUUGAGCUAAUGAGAAGAUAUUUGAAAUUCAAGUAUUAACAAAGUGAAGUCAGAAUGUUUUGCUUUGAUUUUUGUAUAAGCAGAAUGAGAUUUUUAGCCUUGACAUAAUCUUUCAACUUUGAAUUUUACUUUUCUGAAAUGACAUUUUUAAAUGUACAAGUGUAUUCUUAAAACAAUCAGUUAAAUAUCAACUACAAUAUGACAGGAGAGAUCCUGGUCCCUCCCACGGCUUCCCAGACCCACUCCUCACCAGUGAAGUUGAAAACUCAGAAUUUGGCCUAGCUCCAGUGAAAUACAAUUCCUCCUUUAAUUAGACAGGACCACUGAUGAGACCUGGGCAGAUUCCUGAAUAAAUCUUCUGGUGCUGUAAGAAGACAUGAGUGGCUUCACAUCCAAGCUUUAACUUGCCAAUUGCGCAUGACUUGCUGAUUUAAUCCAUAAAUGCUCAUUUGAACUAAUGGCAUAAGAAAGGUUUCCAUUAUUGUCUUACUUUGGUUUACAUUAUUACAUUAUUAAUGUGGCAAUGUUAUGUCCAGAUAAUACAGCAAUUACACAAUUAUUUACAAUCACGUAAUUGUUAAUUGGUUCCUAAAAGAUGGGAAGUAGCAUGCUGAGGCUCCUCUAAUGACUGCUGUAAAGAGGAACAACAGAAUGUGGGCAUUUUCAAAUCCUUUGUAUCAAACAUUUAUGUACUUAAAAUAAAAACAAAUUACCGUUUACAAAUCCAAUGUAAUCUACUGAAACAUGUAAACUUUUGGAACUAAAGUUGGGUUAUUUUCAAAGCAAUUGAGAAUUAUUAUUCUUGUAGUGACUGCUUCCUGCUCCUGUGCUGAAUUAAGCUGGGACAGCAGCAGUGUGGUUGCAGGGCUUGUUUCCCCACUACCCUCCCACAAUUUAAUUUACAAGCUGCUGGACACUGUCCAACAGGAAAUACAGUCUCACUGGGAAAACCCUCAUAGCAGAAACCAUCACAACCUACAAGAGAAGUUGCUGGCUUUAAAUGAUAGAAUGGAUUCAAGUGAGAUCUGGAAAUGCUUCCAGGAUCCCAGACAAGAGCCAAUCCUUCCUCGUGCCAGGCUUUCCUGAAGCUGAACCGCCUGACACACCUUCCCACAGCAGCCUAGUGGUGGACCAGGACUCAGUAUGGGUGGCUGGGGGACCAACCUGCAGAAGACCUUGCAGAACCAGGUGAGCUCAAUCACCCCAACAUUUCCUGGGUCUACCCACUUUGGUUUGGGGGAUUUUACACAUCUUAAGGUAAAAGCAUGAGGUACUGCCAGCCUGGUCCCAGGCUGCAACACCAUGUGAGCACAGUGUGCACAUCACUACACACAGUCUCCCACACCAAACCUUGGAGCAGUCUGAAAUCGCAACAGAGCUGCUGUGUGUCACAGAGGCACAGACAAAGGGUGGAAAGUCCCUUCUCUGUCCAUUUCCUCUGAAGAGAAAAAGCAAUCAAUAAUUGAAAUUCCUGGGAGGAACUAAGUAAUGCUACCUACUGGACCAUGGUUUCUUUAUAAAGGAUAAGUAAUUUGACAUAUUCAGGGAAACCACACUUGGGUGCCUCUGCUGACUGUGCAGGAAUAUGAUCUUGCAGGGCUAUACAUAGGAAGUCUGAGACCUGUUCCAUUCCCAGAUACUGGAAAUGCAGACAGAUAUAGUACCAUGGUUGAGAAAUCAGAGGUUCAACAGCUCCAUGGAUGACAUUCUAAUUAAAAGGGAUAAAAAUAAAAAGUAUGAUGUACAGAAGAUAUUAGUUUACAGUGAGCUCGAGUUUCCAGCUUGUGGAGAGUUUUUUAGAGAGGAUGGCAUGCUGCUCCCAGCAAAGAUAUUCUACCAAGCCAGAAUGCUCUUCCUAAAGCUCCUGUCUCAUGUCUACUGAAGCAUUUAGGCUUCAGUGGGUCUAAGGGCUUCAAGAAUGGCCAGAAGCGAAAGAAAGUGCUGUGUAUAAGAUAGAGUGCAGAAC